GGGAAUAAAUCAGAUUAAGUUUCCGACAUAAAAAUGAACUAUUUGGAUACUCUCCACAAUGCCAUUUAUUCCUAUUUGGCCUUCUUUUUAACCUCCUCUGGGAAAUAAUAUCUGCAAUUAAGCUUCUACGUGUACUCUAUUUUCUUAUUCUUAACAGCGAACUGAUCAUCCUUAAUGUGCGGCAAUCAGUUUUAUCUCCUACAUGUACAUCAAAGCAACCGACAGCCUCUCAAAUAAGGGGGCAUAAUUGAGAUAAAUUACAGGUAAAAUAUCGUGGGAUUUUUAUUAACGGUUUGUAAAACGAGGCUGGCAACAUUCGGAGCUGACCGCUACAGCCAGAGCUUCAGGAAGAUUUUUGGCGCACAUUGGUUUUGCUCAGAGAAGAAAAACCAUACUCUGAUCGAUCUUUUCGCUUUGGCACCAAUCAGCGAUUUCAAAGAAAAGUUAACCAGAAGAAGAGAAUUAAACGUAGCUUUGCAAAUUGGAAAAUCAUGAGCUAUCAGACUGAAAAGGGCGAAAAUAUGACUGACUUGGGUGAAAAUAUGGGUUCUGAGAACCAAGAUUAUGGCAUUCCUCUCGAUACAAUUCCUGCAAUUGUGAUCAUGGUAUUGAUCCUGGUUAUAAACAGCGGUGUCAUCCUCCUUAUCAGCUACUACUCCUCGCUAAGAACCUCAAGUAAUAUCAUCCUGGCCAGUUUAGCCGUGUCAGACUUUCUGGUAGGUUUGGUUGGUAUUCCACUGCUCGUGGCAUGCAGUUCCACACUAAUAUCUUCCAUCUGCGUAAGUUCCUACACCUUUUUCACAUUUAUGGCCCUGUCUACCGUGCUUCACAUCACCGUAAUGACUUGUGAUCGUUACAUAUACAUCAUGUGGGCACUACGUUACUGCGAAAUUGUUCGUCGUGGUAGAGUCCUGACUGUGCUCGGGUUGACCUGGUUUCUUAGCCUUAGCUCCUUGAUUCGUCUUUGGUGGACGUGGAAUAUCAAUGUGCAGACAGCUGAAGAAGACUUGGCCCCUAUGCGUCAGAAAGAAACCAUUCUAUUCCUGUUCAAUAUUGUUAUGUUCUUCCUCGUUCCUCUGAUUGUGAUGAUAGUUCUUGACGUCCACAUGCUGUUAUUGCUGCGGAGACAAUGCCAGAGAAUCGCGCGGGAAAAUUUACCGACGGAAUUCGUAAAACGCGAGAAGAAACUCCAACGAAGACGCCGAAGGGCUGUAUUGACUUGCGUAUUACUACUGACACUUUACGUUAUUUUCUGGCUACCAUAUUUCAUUUUAGAAAUCUUGCAACAGAAUCAUCAGGGUCAGUUGCCGAAGCAAGUGGUUAUCAUUAUUUAUUACUUAAGGAUUUUUACAUCCGUGUUCAAUCCGUUGACAUACACUUUGAGGAAAUACGACUUGAAAAAGAAGGCUAAAUACAUCGUCAGGAAAUUUUUCUGUUGCAGGAAUGAAAAUGAUUCACCAGAAAAGUUCGUUUAAUUAUGCAAGACAAGGUUAUAUAAUCAUUCUCCAAACACCGAUAAAAGGACUGUAUUCCUUGCGAUUUCAUUCCAAUAUUUCAUGUUCUGUUUUCUUAUUUAUCUCCAUUUAUGCGAAGCGGAGAGCUAUACAAAUUUUAUCCUUCCGCGUCUUCCCUGAAAUUCCGUCAACCUAUGGGUAUAGCCAUUCCUUUUCGUUCUUAUUAAAUUUACAUUUUCAUGAAUAUAUUUGUGAAAUCUAGGAUUAAUGAAUGUUUGCUAAAGGUUUAGCAAUGACAUAUUUAACGUUAGUCAGGCUUUGAAGCGCAGAACCAGUCAGCAAAGGUAACCAACUUGAUUUUGUGGCAAGAUUUAUAACGAAUCGCUUUAAUCUAACACUUAUUAUUUGUAGAGGUGCCUGCACCCAGAAGUUUCUUGUUACUGCAGCGACGCAUUAUAUGCGACUUAUCGCUUCGAAAGGCCUUUGUAAUACUUCCCUCUGAUUACGAGCGACAUAUGGAGAGAAAAAGUUCCUAUCACGAAUAUGAAUAUUUCAUGUCACAAGAGAAGAAUAUUCUAGAGGGGCUUUCAUAUGCUGCUGGGCCCUGUCUUUUUAGGCAUCUUGGAGUCUAAUGUCUAGUUCAAGAAUGACUAUGGAAUAAUGUAUUUAUAUUUAACGCUUCAAGAUGAAGGUUUCAUGUGCUAUAGUUCAACAUGAUAAGAGUAUCUGUAAAUAAGAUGGUACAGUAAUGGUCAAAACACCUGAAUUAUCCCCGUAUCCCCCAGGAAACAAGGCCGCAAAUCAAUAAAAUUAUCAAAUAGA